GGGCUGCUUCAGACUUCUCAUCUCCAUCCAGUCAGAGUGAACUGCGGGGGCAGACUGAGCGGAUCUCUGUUGUCCUCGACAGCGGAAAGAAACCUAGAAUAAGGAUUUUUUUCUUGCCGAGCUUUUCAUCGCCUCUGUUUCUUCUACUUUUGGUUUGGAAGUCGACGAACGGAACUUCCUGCCCCUGUGGUGUUUAAGACAGCCAUCGCUGUUCUUUAUUUUUGGAAAUGGACAGUCGGCGACCUGCUACGGGAAGCGGCUGGCCGAGGUUCACUGAGCAGGAGUAGAACUGUGAAAACUCUGCUGGGUCUUUAGAAACUACAGACGCUGGAUGUUUGAUGAAGCUCUUCGCAGGUUUAGUCAGUUCUGGGACACCGUGGAUUUACCAGGUUGGGAAACGGAUUGAUACGCGCGAUUCCCGUUCAGAGAGAAGGAUUUACGCUUCCAAAGUUGGAGGAAAAACAUGGAGACUGUAAGUCGGCAGAGCUUCCAGCCUCAUCCUGGACUGCAACAAACUCUGAAGCAGUUUCACCUCAGCGCAAUAAACUCAUUGGGCGGACCGGCGGCUUUCUCUGCGCGGUGGCAGCAUGAGCUCCUCUUCAAGAAGGACGGGAAAGAGCCCGAGCCGGUCCUGCAGCAUCUGCCGCCGCCCGUAAUGCCGGGCCCGCUGUUCAUCCCGUCCGACCGCUCCACGGAGAGGUGCGAGACGGUGCUGGAGGGCGAGACGAUCUCGUGCUUCGUGGUCGGCGGGGAGAAGCGCCUGUGUCUACCGCAGAUCCUCAACACGGUGCUGCGGGACUUCACCCUGCAGCAGAUCAACUCUGUGUGCGACGAGCUGCACAUCUACUGCUCCCGGUGCACGGCGGACCAGCUGGAGAUCCUCAAAGUCAUGGGGAUCCUGCCCUUCUCCGCGCCGUCCUGCGGCCUCAUCACCAAGACGGACGCCGAGCGGCUCUGCAACGCCCUGAUCUACGGGGGCGCAUACCCGCCGCGCUGCAAGAAGGAGCUCGGCACCGGCUCCCUGGAGCUGCAGCUCACCGACCGCAGCUUCAAGAUCUACCACGAGUGCUUCGGCAAGUGCAAGGGCUUGUUCGUACCGGAGCUGUACAGCAGCCCCAACGCAGCGUGCAUCCAGUGCAUGGACUGCAGACUCUUGUACCCGACCCACAAGUUCGUGGUGCACAGCCACAAGGCGCAGGAGAACAGGACUUGCCACUGGGGCUUCGACUCGGCCAACUGGAGGGCGUACAUCCUCCUGGGUCAGGAUUACAUGGGCAAAGAGGAGAAGGCACGCCUGGAGCAACUCCUGGACGAGAUCAAAGAGAAAUUUGACUUCGCCAACAAGUACAAGAGGAAAGCGUCAUCCAGGGCAUCCUAUGGCAUCCCUGUGAAAAAGUCCAAAGUUGAAGACAUCCCAUCAAGGUCCCCUCUUGGCGACAAAGAGAAGCAGCACAACUGGCUACAGUCCUUAUCUGCCUCUAAUAAGGGGAUGAACUGCAUUCAGCCCAGACAGAGACCCUCAGCUUUCAGACCAUGGUCUCCUCACAUCUCUGCUGGUGAUAAAGAACCUUCCCCCCAUCCUCUGGCUCUGCUGAGAGACAGCUUCUACAACUACAAAAGCCUUGAGAAUGCUGUGGCCCCCAACGUGGCCCUUACACCACUCCCUUUGGGGAAGGUGGGGCCCAUGUCCCCAUCUGUGCCCAACCCUUCCCACCCCAGUGGUGUUGAUCUCUCAGAUGAGGGCGCUAACCCCAACUCCAGACCUCGGAAGAGAAGAGCAACAGAGGAAUUGCAAGCCCUGGCACCAGAGGCCCCUUGUCCCCCGCCUGCCGCUGCCUGCAAGCCACCGCUGCAGGACGACAAAGAUUCUGAGGUGGAGAUUGAAGUGGAGAGCCGUGAUGAUUUCACUUCAUCCAUGUCCUCCCUCUCAUCGCCGUCCUUCACCUCAUCCAGCAGCUCGGCCAAGGACAUGAGCUCACCAGGCGCCCAAGGGCCAGUCUGCACCGUCUCAUCGUCCGAAUGUUCAGCCUCGAUGGCUGGGGCUUUUGCAGCCCCUGCUGUCGCAGUGGCACCAUCUGAGCUGGGACUGGAGUCAGAGCUGGAGAGUCUUAGGCAGGCGCUGGACAGUGGACUGGAUUCAAAAGAGUCAAAGGAGAGGUUUCUGCAUGAGAUCGUUAAGAUGAGAGUGAAGCAGGAGGAGAAGUUGGGAUCAGCUCUUCAGGCCAAACGCAGCCUUCAGCAGGAGUUGGAAUUUUUGCGGGUGGCGAAGAAGGAGAAGCUCCGCGAGGCAACUGAGGCGAAGCGCAGCCUGAGGAAGGAAAUCGAGCGCCUGCGAGCCGAGAGCGAGAAGAAGAUGAAAGAGGCAAACGAGUCGCGGACCCGUCUGAAGAGGGAGUUGGAGCAGGCGCGGCAGCUGCGAGUCUGCGAUAAAGGCUGCGAGGCUGGUCGUCUUCGUGCUAAAUAUUCUGCACAGAUUGAGGACCUUCAGAUGAAGCUGCAGCAUGCCGAAGCCGACCGUGAGCAACUCAGAGCCGACCUGCUUCAGGAGCGGGAGGCCAGGGAGCACCUGGAGAGGGUGGUAAAGGAGCUACAACAGCAGCUCUGGCCCAAAUCCAGCAGCAAAGAGGCACUGCCUAAUAAGUAACCCAGAGACCAGCCUCAGCCCUCAGUCAUUCCCCCUCAUUGCUCUCAUUCGGCCUGAUACAGCCUGUUUGCUUCAGGACAUAAAACACACCCAGGAGCUCUAGGCUUCCCACAUGGCACCACUGUCACUAACACCUGCCCCUAAACGUCCAGAAUAAAUAGAAAAACUUCCCAUUAGAGGUGUUUUCUCAUCCAGACUCAUGAGGAGUGAAGGGAGUGAUUUCCUUUGAGACCAGAAGCAGCCACGGGGACACAUUUCUAAAUCAAGCACUGACUGUCUCAAAUCUUUUACACUCUCAGAACUGCAAACCGGAUCACAGUGAACGACAGACGAGGAGAUGGAGUUCACAGAAUGCAUCUGCACCUGACCAGGAAAUGAGACGAGACUCUCAUUACACGCUAAUAACUGCUUUAAGGCUGUUAUAUUACAUUGCAGCUGCAGAGAGGUGUUACCACGGAUCAGCCGAGAGGACAGGGCCAGAUUCUCCAAAAAUAGAAAGCUUCCACCAUCGUCUCCUGGCUUUAGCAGGGAGAGGCUUGUAGAGACAUUAUAAGCUACUUAAGAGACUUCACAGAGCUUUGUAAAAAUCUGUUUCAUGCAGCUGGAAUGGGAAAAUAUAAAAAAGAAAUUGCAUACGAAGCUAAUUCCACCAUUAUUUUGCUUUUCAAGAGGUCUUUUGCCUUCACGUACAUGGAUCUCUGGCUCCGGAUCCAAUGUUUGAUUAAGGAACAGUUAAAGGCACCUUUUCUGUUUUUACUGAGCACUUGUGUUGGAAGGUCAGUCUCAAACACAUCCAUGCUGUUUGCCAUAGCUUUCAUCUGAUUUUUUUUAUUGUUUUUCUUCAACGUGAGCGAGGCCUUGUGUUCUAGUAACGUUUGAACAAUUAAUGGCAUGUUUUUACUCCAAACUGGCUUCAUCAUCUAGGAACUGUCAGUGGCCUGGACAGAUGCUCUUGUCAAUGACCACAAAUUGUCUGUUUAUUAAAUUAAGGUAUGUAAAUAAAAAUGGAUUCUUCUUGUUUUGUACUUUACAAUAAUUAAAUGCACUUUUGUCAGAACAAAAAUUCAGUUAAAAUGGUUUUUCCUCCUACUAUUGUCAUACGUUUUCCACAACGGUGGCCACAGAAUAAAGUGAGCAUUUGUUGAAUACACACUGAUAAACCGAGAAUCUGCUCUGCUCUGCUUGCCAACAGCAGAGUAUUGUAAAUAAACACAAAGGAAAGAUGUCCAGCAGUCGGGACUUUUCAGGAAGUUUUGAGCGGCUCAUAUUCCUGCGGGCUGAACUGUUACAGGAGCACGAACAAAAGUAAUGUUGUCAAUGUUUUUUUUGUUUUUUUUUUAUGUGGGUAUGCUUUUAAUGCCUGUCUGUUAUGUUCACUUUUUAUUUUCAAUACUAAUCUCAUAUUUUGUUUAUGCAUGAGAAAUGAAAAGGUUUGCCAUUCAUAUAGUCACUUGUUGGGCACUGAUACUGUACAUGUAAGGGUUUUAUUGUGUUAUGCAAUAUAAAGCAACUUGUCUUAUGUCGCAGGAAAACCCAUUGGUAUUAAGUAGAAGCCAAAUGCUAUUUUUAAUUAAGUUCACACUUACAAAAAAAUAUUAAAAGAGGAAAACAAAAAUCAGUGAAAUGCUGGACAUCCUCAAGUGCCUAAACAUGGGCGGAAGGUUUCCAGAGUUAGAAACCUGAUGGUGGCGCUGUCAUCAAGUUCCAAUUUGCAGGUUUAAAGGGGCCUAGUCAUGUGUCUAUACCUAUUAGACGCUUUGUGCAAAAUCCUGUGAUCGUAAACAAAGACUCAACUUAUGCAACCAGAAGUUGCUAUAUACAAGUAUACAAAACUCAAUCAUUAAGGUAAACUCUAGUUUACCUCAAUGGUUAAAUUACCUUUAGCCUUUAACCUUUUACUUUUAAUUUAACCAUUAAGCAUAAUACAAUAUUUAUGAACAGAAAUUUAAGUUACCUUUGUACAGACAAACAUGUGGUAGUUCCCCGUCGAUCACUGCUAUGGUGAGCUUCUCGUGAGUCCAUUUGGCCUCAUAUCCGUCUUUAACAUUUUCCUAGAAUCGUUCUAGGUUUUGGGAAAAGAAUUAACACCAUCUUAAUGUUCAGGAAAACGCACGUGUGAAUUGUACUUUCCCCACUGACAUUGUUUAAUGUCAGUAACCAUUUUUACUGAUUUUUUUUUAACAAAAUCCCUCUGAUUGCAAUGCGUUUGUAAUGUAAGUCCUGAAAUGUUGUUGGAAGAAAAGGGCAUGCAGCUUCUGGAGGCAAGGGCCAUUUUAUUUUUGGACAAAUUGCAAUUACUGAUUGAUCAGUUACCGACAAGCCUCCAAGAUUAAUUGACAGCCAGUGUCACGUCAGUUGAUACAGAAACUGCAAACCGAUCUACAGGGUUAGACUUUCUUAAUCGCUUUCUUUUCACACCUCUGCUGGCUGUUGCUGACUUGCUCAGCUCCAUUGUUUCUUGUUUAAUCACUGCACGCAUUUGGAAUAUCAUACUUUCUGUCACGUGGUCUUGUUAUGGUAAAUAUACAAAAGAAAAGUGUUUGGUUUACAAACAAAUGGAGCAAAAAAGUGUAAAAAAGACAUCAAAUAUAAUGGGACAACAGGGCGCAAUAAAUUAAUCAGAAAAUCUUUGUAUGCAACCAGAGAGAACUACUAGAGUAUAAAUUUGUAAAGUUGUGAUGUGACUAGGCCCCUUUAAAAUGCAGAGGCCCUUCUGUGCUCUGCAGCUCUUUAAUCAGCAUUUCCUGAAAUGCAGUCAAACAAUGCUAAGAAGCUUAAAAUUACUUCAUUUCUAAAUCGUUCAUAAGCACGCUCAGAGAUGAUUUUAUAAAAGAUCCUAAAAAAAAGCUGCUUACUUGGUAAAUUGUUACAGUUGUUUGUACGUAACGACUUUAACAAUUGGGUUUGCUGCUGUAACUGGAGGCAGAUGUGUCCUGGAUUGUAGAGAGGGCGUUUUGUUGAAACGGCUCUUUUCCUAUCCAACAAUAGAGGUUCCCUGAUGUUGCCUCCCACUUCAGCAGACCUAAAUUGGUAAAUAUUUCUAGUAGUUUUUACACUUCAGGCUUGUCCUCUGUGGUCUGGUUUUCUACUACAGACGGGAGGCGUUAACAUUCGGAUUUUUGCUCUCACUUGCAAACCCCCCCAAAAGCGAUGUAAUGAUGUCUUGUUUUCUAAAGGAAAAUCAUUUUUCUAAGCAAUGGGCAGCAAAGCAGCAAUAAUAGUCCAUAUUAAUAGGCCAAAUAUUAGCCAGUGGGAAGAUUUGAAUACAAAUUUAAACAUGUAAAUAUCUGUUUUGCAUUUACAGUAUUGUAUAAAUGUACAUGGUGUUUCUGUUUUCAAAAACAUAUCUUUUCUUAAAGCAGCUGUUUGCUUUCCUUUUUUGUUGUUGUUUUGAAGUUUGUGUUUAAAGAAAAUGUUUCAGGAACCGUUGAUACAGAGAAUAUUCUCUUCAUAAACAUUUUAUCCCGUUUUCUCUCUUCUCUAUUUCUUAUUACAUAGUUUAUAUUGCAUUAACUUUUCCCCCUCUUCAUCUAGCUUUUAAGCAACUAUUCAGCACCAUAUAGCCGGCCCACUUGACUUUGCCACUUAUCAGAUUGUCCUCCUCCUUCACCCUCAUGUAUUGUUUUUAGCCCUGUGCUGCUGCUGAUACUAUAUACAGUUCUAGAAAUAUUUUUAUGUAAGAGGCAAACUUGAUCAUGUAUUAAUGCCACAUAUAUAGUAUGAAAAGAAGCUUGGCUUAUUCAUCUAUGUCCCUUUUUGCCCCUUGUUUUGACACCUUUUCCCUUCCCCAAACAGAACCAUUCCCUUCUCCAACAUCUCAGACUUUGUUGUAAAGGAAAGGACUUUAUGAAAUUAUGUUUGAAAAUAGCCAUGCUUAUAUACUUCAGUGACUGAAUGUACAGUGUAUAGAUGCAUUACCAGAAAUAAAGUUGUUUGUCCAGAUUGAA